AUGUCGACCGCUCAAGCUUUACACCACAGCGGCGUCUACAACUAUUUCCUCAACAUGGUGGCUUAUCAGAUAUGUUGCUGCUGCGGCCCGGCACCAUGUUCCCUGUGCUGCUCCUUCUGUCCGCCCGUCAAAUCGUCCACCAGCACGCGGAUCAUGUACACGUUAUUCCACAUCCUGGCCUGCACUGUCUCAUGCCUCAUGCUGUCCAAGACCGUGUCCGAGGCUGUGAGGGAGAAUGUGCCUUUCUUUAAUGUGGUGUGUGAUGAGGCUCACGGCGGGGGAGACUGUCAGAUGCUGGUGGGCUACUCCGCCGUCUACAGGGUGUGUUUUGGCACAGCCUGUUUCUACUUGAUGAUGGCCAUCUUCCUCAUAGAUGUAAAGUCCAGUCAGGAUUUCCGAGCCCUAAUACAUAAUGGGUUCUGGUUUCUGAAGUUCAUCACCAUGCUUGGAAUGAUUGCUGCUGCCUUCUUUAUUCCCACGGAAUCCUUUUUGCAUGCCUGGCAUUAUGUUGGGGUCGUGGGAGGCUUUUCCUUUAUCCUCAUUCAACUCAUUCUCAUCACUGCUUUCGCUCACACCUGGAAUAAAAACUGGUUAACUGGUGCAGCUGAAAAUAAGAGGUGGUACGUGGCAGUCAUGUGUGCUACCCUCUUUUUCUACACCAUUGCCACCAUGGCCUUCACUUUCAUGUACAAAUACUACACUCACCCAGCGGGAUGCCACCUCAAUAAAGCCCUGCUCUGGACCAAUCUGGCUCUCUGCACCAUCAUGUCUUUUAUUGCCAUCACUCCCUGUGUGCAGCAAAAGAAGCCCCGCUCAGGAAUCCUGCAGGCCUCCAUCAUCUGCUGCUAUGUGAUGUAUUUGACCUUCUCUGCUCUGUCCAGCCGUCCACCAGAGAAAGUGGAGUAUCAGGGCGUCAACAUAACCAUUUGUUACCCCAAAGUCAGCAGGGAUGAGAUUCAGAACGAAGGCAAUGCUGUGGCCAUUAUGGGGGCUGCAAUCAUGUACUGCUGUGUUCUUUUUGCAUGCAAUGAGGCUUCAUACUUAGCUGAGGUAUUUGGACCUUUCUGGAUGAUAAAGGUUUACCGUUAUGAGUUCCAGAAAGCUUCCUGUUGCUUCUGUUGCCCAGAGGCUGAGGAUGAGGAAGAGUUUGUCAUUGACGAAAACAAAGGCUGUCAGAAAGUGGUCCACAACGAGACUCAGCGCGUGGCCUACAGCUACUUCUUCUUCCAUUUUGUUUUCUUUCUGGCCUCCCUGUACGUGAUGAUGACCCUCACUAACUGGUUUAGUUAUGAGACUGCAGUGCUGGAGACCACCUUCACCCACGGGAGCUACUCUACAUUCUGGGUGAAGCUGUCGUCCUGCUGGGCAUGUGUGGUUCUGUAUCUGUGGCUCCUCUUGGGCCCCCUGUGCCAGUGCCAGUCUGACCCCAAACGCCCUCGCCGUGCCCGCAUCAAGAGACGCAUCGCCGCGCACCGCCACGUCAGCGUCAGCGUGUGAAAACAGCGCUCUGAACAGACUGAUCAGCAGUGUCAAAGACAGAUGCAUGUGCUGGUUACUGGAGAUUUCCAGCGCAGAUAAAAUGGGUCACGUUGGACUCAUUAAACGAACAUCCUGAUAAUCCUGUUAGGAUUAAAAUCACCAGCACUAUGAAUGCAAUUCAACAUGGGAACUGAAAAUGUUCAUCAUGUUUAAGAUUAUCCGAGCACAGCCUUUGGGGAAGUGCUCAAAUUGCCAAAAGGAAUAUAAUAUUAACUUUUUUUGGACAAGCUGGAUGUCUGUAUAUUUAGUGUUUUUUUUUAAUUUAGGGAACGAAAAUGUAUUGUCUUCUUGUAGACAAAUGGACACAAAUAGCUUUUUUCCAAUUGAAUUAACCUUUCUGUUACAUGUAUACAUUUUGCCAGCUUUACUUCAGUGAUCUGUGGCUUGUAUUUAUGCUCUGAGGACUUGCCCCGCCCACUCUCUCAGCCAAUCAGAGCCCACAGGGAGAAAAGGCUGUUAUCUGCAAUAUAAAGACUUUAAUAGCUCAGCCUGUUCAGCUCUAAUUGCAUGUUUGUGUUAGAACGUUUCAUGUCACUGUCAUAAAAGAUAAGUUAUUUUUGUAAAUAUAUUUUUAACAAAACACAUUCUAGAGUUUAUGUGUGUUUUGUAGAAAGGCUGGACUGUAAUUUAGCAACCACAUCAGGGUAAUAGGAUAACCUUAGUUAGUCUAAUGAUUAAAGGGAACAAUAUGGCUGCCAAAUUUAGAGGAAAACAACUGUUCGCCAGCAA